AUGCCGCCGAAAAGAGUGCAGAGGCCAUCCGAUGCUGCGCAAUGGGACGCUUCCUCGUCCAGCAUCCUCCCACGUCCCAAAGGAAGACCACGUCAAGACGCCGCCAACGUCUCGCUCAGUUCAACCGUCGGUGCUCCCACGCCUGCCAAGUCCAGGAACAUGGCCGACUACUCUCUCGCAUCCACUCUCUCCUCGUCUACUCCCGCUACUGCUCAAAAGAAACGCGGCAGGCCACCAAAACACGCGCUCACCACACCAGGUUCACGCGCACUCACCGCGGCUGACACCAGCAUCGCUUCCACAUCCUACGGUACAGCUUCAGCUUCCCGACCGCGUGGUCGCCCGCCCAAAUCAAUCCUUGCCACUCCCAGAAACCGCAGCAACGUCUCGCCUCCUAACAGUGUCUCGUUCUCGGACCAGCCCAAGAAGCGAGGACGCCCACCUAAGAACGCCGCCGACGCAUCCACCUCUGUCUCCCAGUCAGCGCCAAAGCGACGAGGUCGACCACCCGGAAGCACAAACAAGCCGAAAGCGGCACAAAUAGGCUUGCCAAAGAGCCAGCCGUCCAAGGCGCCACGAUACGCAAGGCCGGAGGUCGAAGAGGAAUCGGGCUCCGAAGUGUCCCUCGUCGAUGGAGCAUCCGACGAAGACGAUGAUGCUUCCGAAGCCGAUCCAUCACUGUCCGCGGAAGAGGAAGACGACGAGGCUCUGUCAUCCGAAGACGAAGCGCGUCAAGCAUCGAGCUCGCGCAGAAAGAUCAAGCGCAAAGGAUGGCCCAGCGAGAUCGAAAGGUUGCGCAAAUGGCGUCGCUUGAGUGUCGAAGAACGAGAGUGCGUCACCUCGGAAGGAGGCUUGAUUUGGAGGACCGCUAUCCCGCUGCUCAAUUCGAUGCCUAAGAACAUUCGAUCCAUGGUGGCGGACAGUUUGACGCGCGCACUCAACAGGAUCGAUGGUAGACUCGAGACCGGCCUGGUUCCUCCGCUAGCUCGGAUACCCCAGGGCAACACUGCGUCGGUCACACGUCGUGAUUUGGCCAGCAGCAUGUUGUCUUGGCGCUUGGAGGAGGAAGGUUCGCUGUUGCGCGCCGAGAACCCGGAACAGUCGGUCGAUCUCAUGGGUCUCGGUAUGAAUGCGGACAUCCUCGAGUUGGAACAAAUGCUGCUUCCAGAAGCAGAACACAUCGUCGAGCUCUCCAAAACCCUAACCCACCAAUCGGAUCAUCUCGAACAGUCCUCUGCCCAGAUCGCCAAACUCAAACGCGAUCGUCGUCUCGUCAAAACUUCGGGUUCCACCGAUUACCCUGCCAACCUCGAGGCGAACCAACUGCUCUCGGUCGCAAAUCAGAACCAUGCGCUCGAUCCCACUUUGAGCUCCAUGCUGCGCCUGCAACGCGCUUGA